AUGCCGCCGGCGCGUGUGCGGGAGUUGGGGGAGAUGUACGAGCUCGUGGAGGAGAUCCUGCUCCUCAUCCCGCCUGAGGAGCCCGCGGUCCUCAUCCACGCCUCCCUCGUCUGCAAGGCGUGGUGCCGCCUUCUCUCCAGCCACGCCUUCCACAGCCGCUACCACACCUUGCACAAAACACCUCCAGUCCUGUGCUUCUUACAAAGGUGGGAGGACAACGUGGAGCGCUUCGUCCCCACCACAAAGUUCCGCCCCCGCAAUCCCGAGCGGCGAGACAGUUAUGUGCUCGACUGCCGCCAUGGCCGCAUUCUUCUUGGGUGUAGGUGGUACGAUGAGGGGGAGGAGGACGAUGAGGAGGAGGAAGCUGACGAGCAGUUGGAAGAGGAAGAAGAUGAUAUCGAGGAGGACGGUGAGGGGGAAGAAGCUGACAAGGAGGAGGAAGAAUAUGAUACGGAUGAGGAGGGGGAGGAGGACGACGACGAAGAUGAAGAUGAGGGGGAGGAAGAUGACAGGGUCUUGAAGAUGGUCGUCUGGGACCCCGUGUCGGGAGGCCGAACCAAGUUGCGCAGCCCCGACAUCUUCGACCCUGACGUCAAUGGCGCAACCUAUUGGGGCACGGUGCUAUGUGCGGCGGAUGGCUGCAACCAUGCUUCCUGCAACUUGGGGCCAUUUUUCGUGGCUUUAAUCGGCCUUGACAGCUACCAGCCGUAUGAUGACGAUGAUAAGAGGCUGUGGGCGUCAGUAUACUCAUCAGAGAGCCGGGAAUGGACCUCAACAGCCAGUAUUCACAUCGGUGGCGUUGGAAGAUUUGAAGACUCCAUCAUCGGAAGGCCCAGUGUCUUUGUUGGACAAGCGCUCCACUUCCUCCUUCACGGGGAUCCAACUGUGGCCAACAUUUUUAUUCUCAAGUAUGACUUUCGUAGGCAUCGCCUAUCAGUCAUUGAUCUGCCAGAGCCGCGUGUUAGCAGUUGGACCCCCCUCCUCAUCUCGGCGGAUGACGGUGGGCUAGGGCUGGUCCACCUAGACCAGGAUGGGCUAUGCUCCAUUUGGUCGGUGGAGGUGAGUGUUGAUGGAGUAGCGUCGUGUAUCCAACUCAAAGAAACGGACCUCAAGACACUUGUCCCCAUUGGCAAUCCCAUGAGCUCAGACUCACUAAAGUUGGUUGGCUGGGUGGAGGGCACCGAUAUCAUCAUUGCAGUCACAGAUCUUGGUGUGUUCACAGUUGAUCUCAAGUCUUUGAGGUUGAGGAAGUUGUCGAGUAAGCCGUAUAAUUUCACAUUCAAGCGAGAUUCAUUUAAUAACCUCUUUCUCUACACGAGCUUCAACAAUCCACCAGGUAUAUGUAUAUAUGGUUUCUUUGAGACAUAUGCUACGUUUCGCUUGAGAAAUUCGUCAAGUUAA